AUGAAAAAACAAAGCUACAACUCAAUUUUGAUUAUUUUUGUAUCACUCCUCUAUUUGUCUCUAUUUUUGAAUGCAACAUCCAUUAGUAAUCAAGAAGGUGAAGGUGGUGAAGUUGAUGAUGAGGUGGAGUUUGAUUAUAAGGAAGGGAGUAAGAAAGGACCAAGUAAAUGGGGUGAGCUACAUAAAGAAUGGGAAACUUGCAAGAAUGGGAAGAUGCAAUCUCCAAUUAAUAUUGCAAGUUGUAGAGUUAAAAAUAUGAGAAAGUUGGGUCACAUGAAAUACUACAAGCCUACUAAUUCUACUAUAAGGAAUAGAGGACAUGAUAUAUCAGUGCAUUGGCAUGGGGAUGCUGGAUCAAUUUUGAUGAAUGGCACACAGUAUCCUCUUCAACAAAUUCACUGGCAUUCACCAUCUGAACAUACUAUUAAUGGUAGAAGGUAUGCCUUGGAAUUGCAUAUGGUUCACCAAGACAAGGUGAAUAAUAAGAUCGUUGUAAAUGCUGUCCUUUACAAAUUUGGCAGACCAGAUCCAUUUCUUUUUAUAUUGAGGAGACAAAUAUUAUCCAUGCUAGAUCAAGAAGGUGAAGAGAGGAGUUUAGGCAUGAUUAAUCCAAAGUAUAUCACUAGUAAUAAUUAUGGAAAAAGUUACUAUUAUAAGGGUUCACUCACUAUCCCUCCCUGCACAGAAGGUGUCACUUGGAUAGUCAACAAGAAGGUACAAAGUGUUUCAAGAUUUCAAGUGAAGUUGCUUAGAAACGCUGUCCAUGAUCAUGCUGAAAGAAAUGCAAGACCACUGCAACCACAUAACAAGAGAAAAAUCCAACUUUUACUCUCCAAGCACUAG